CAGAUGCCAGUCAGGCAAUUUUUUUCCCAAUAGGUGACCAGAGCGGCGCAGCCAUACCGCUCUCUCCCUUGUCUGACAAAUAUCUAUACGCCGCUACUAUCAUGCCUCCACUCGGUUCAGCAAAGUAUAUCAGGCAGGCCACCAAGGGGCUGCUGCCACUGGACUCCUGCGUGUCGGCACUCCAGGCCAUCGGCGUACUGACAGACUUUGACAUACUCCUGCAGUCGGACGUGCUCUCGCAAACACCGGCUGCCCUGCAUCCGCACAUCAAGCAGCUGCGCAUGAUAGUACUUGAUCACUUUGCUAGUGCUGGAGCUACCGCAUUAGAACUGCAGCCAAGGUUGAAGGAACCUGCUAUUAGCAGCGGUGUCGCAGCAUUAGACUCGCUGUUGCUCGGAGGGCUACCCAUGGGCCACAUUAUGGAGCUAUGCGGCAAGUCAGGAGUAGGCAAGUCGGGGCUAGCUAUAUCUUUUGCCGCCCACCACCUGCUGUUGCCAGAGGCCACGGAUAACACACGCAGGGUCUACUAUAUACACACCAGUACUUUGUCAGUGUGGCGCAUUCAAAAGACGCUACAAGCUCGCUUGCGAGACUUGGGCAAGAAGACGACGGGAUCGGCACUGCAGGAGGCCAUGGAGCGUGUUACGACUGUAGAAUGCACGACUAUCGACGCACUGUUAACAUUUCUCUACGGGUUUGUUGACAUGCGCUCUACUGCAGACGCAGAGUCGCACGGUUCCCAUGAUCUGCUGGUCAUUGACAGCAUCCGCCCACUGCUUGUCAGUGCGCUCCAGAAGGAUAUGGACGUUGAUGUGCAUAUACAUGCAGUCGGGGCUGCUCUGCGCCAGCUUUGUCGCAUGAUACACCCUCCAUGCGCAGCGCUUAUCGUCAAUGGCGUCAGUGUCCGCGAGCAGCCAGAUGGCACGGUCAGCGUGAGACCUAGCCUAGGCACCUCCUGGGGACAGGUCAGUCACACACACCUACUGUUGGACCAGGGCGAUAUGCAGAAUGCCGAUAACCGGAGACAUGAAGGUGCUAGCAACUGUGCUAAAGUCGCCAUCCAUCGCUGCUGGUCAGCACAUAUCGCUCACACUACCACCAUAGACUAGGCAAGUUAUGGAAUAUUUUGAUAAUAGCGAUGUU